UUUACCACUCGAUCUGCUAAACGUACCUACAAAGCAAAUAUUCACAUCUUAUAUUUAAUAUUUCCCUCCUUUUGUUUCGAACAAACAUGGGGAGGUUUUCUAAGUACGUUGGUGUGUUUGGUGUGAUUCUGGUAUUCUUGGUGAUAGGGCUGUCAGAGUGUCGAAAAAUUGAGAAAGAUACAUUUUCUGAUGGCAUAGGAGGUGGAGGCCUCGGAGGUGGUGGUGGUGUUGGCGGAGGAUUUGGUAAGGGUGGUGGAAUUGGUGGCGGGGCUGGAGGGGGUCUUGGAGGUGGCGGUGGUGCAGGAGGAGGAGUUGGAGGGGGAGCCGGAGGUGGUGCAGGUGGUGGCUUUGGAGGUGGAAAAGGUGGUGGCGUAGGAGUUGGCCAUGGAGGGGGAGCCGGAGGUGGUGUAGGAGGUGGUACAGGUGGUGGCGGAGGAGCUGGAGGUGGUGCAGGUGGUGGUGCUGGUGGUGGCUUUGGAGGUGGAAAAGGUGGUGGCGUAGGAGUUGGCCAUGGAGGGGGAGCCGGAGGUGGUGUAGGAGGUGGUACAGGUGGUGGCUUUGGGGGUGGAAAAGGUGGUGGCGGAGGAGUUGGAGGGGGAGCUGGCCAUGGAGGUGGUGCAGGUGGUGGUUUUGGAGGUGGUGCUGGUGGUGGAAAAGGUGGUGGUGGAGGAAUUGGAGGGGGAGCUGGAGGUGGUGAAGGUGGCGGUGUUGGUGGUGGUGCAGGAGGAGGAGUUGGAGGGGGAGCCGGAGGUGGUGUAGGUGGUGGUGCUGGUGGUGGCGGAGGAGUUGGAGGGGGAGCUGGCCAUGGAGGUGGUGCAGGCGGUGGUUUUGGAGGUGGUGCUGGUGGUGGAAAAGGUGGUGGUGGAGGAAUUGGAGGGGGAGCUGGAGGUGGUGAAGGUGGCGGUGUUGGUGGUGGUGCAGGAGGAGGAGUUGGAGGGGGAGCCGGAGGUGGUGUAGGUGGUGGUGCUGGUGGUGGCGGAGGAGUUGGAGGGGGAGCUGGCCAUGGAGGUGGUGCAGGCGGUGGCUUUGGAGGUGGUGCUGGUGGUGGUGGAGGAAUUGGAGGGGGAGCUGGAGGUGGUGCAGGAGGAGGAGUUGGAGGGGGAGCCGGAGGUGGGGUAGGUGGUGGUGCUGGUGGUGGAGGAGGUGUUGGAGGAGGGUUUGGUGGUGGAGGUGGUGCUGGAGGAGGUGCUGGUGGGGGAAUUGGUGGGGGAUUUUGA